UCCUCGUAGUUAGAAAAGACGAGAGGGCGAAUCACUGGAGCAAACCAAAAUGCCCAUUCUCAGACACGGCCAUUAAUUAAUCAAAUCAUCAUUAUCCAAAAUCCAGCACAGCUUUCUUCCCUCCCUCUAAAACGGCCACUCCUCUUUAUGCGAGCGCCAAUUCCCUUUCACCGUUCAAUCGCUAAUUGCUGUUCCCUCCCUCCGUCUGCUGUUCAUCUAACCCCUCACUCUCUCUUUCUCUCUACAAGAUAUGUCAAUUAUAGGGAAGAGAGGGAUUCAUUACUUGCAAAAACUAAAAACUGCAAAUAUCCCUCCCGAAUUGCUAGAAAAAGGCCAAAAUCGCGUUAUCGAUGCUUCUCUCACGCUUAUUCGCGAGCGUGCUAAGCUUAAGGGAGAGCUUUUGCGCGCAUUAGGAGGUGUUAAAGCAUCCACAACGCUUCUUGGAGUUCCUUUGGGACACAAUUCAUCGUUUCUUCAAGGACCGGCGUUUGCUCCUCCGCGUAUCAGGGAAGCGAUUUGGUGUGGCAGCACGAAUUCGAGCACGGAAGAAGGUAAAGAAUUAAAUGAUCCACGAGUGCUAACUGAUGUUGGUGAUGUUCCGGUUCAAGAAAUUCGAGAUUGUGGUGUGGAUGAUGAUAGACUGAUGAAUGUUAUUAGUGAAUCAGUCAAGCUCGUGAUGGAAGAGGAUCCAUUGCGUCCGUUAGUCUUAGGUGGUGACCACUCAAUAUCUUUUCCUGUGGUUAGAGCUGUCUCUGAGAAGCUUGGGGGUCCUGUAGAUAUUCUUCAUCUAGAUGCCCAUCCUGACAUCUAUCAUUGCUUUGAAGGAAAUAAGUAUUCUCAUGCAUCUUCGUUUGCCCGAAUUAUGGAGGGUGGUUAUGCUCGGCGGCUUUUGCAAGUGGGUAUCAGAUCAAUAACAAAAGAAGGGCGUGAGCAAGGUAAACGUUUUGGAGUAGAGCAAUAUGAAAUGCGAACCUUCUCAAGGGAUCGGCAGCAAUUGGAAAAUCUGAAACUAGGGGAAGGUGUAAAAGGUGUGUAUAUCUCGAUAGAUGUGGACUGCCUUGAUCCUGCCUUUGCUCCUGGCGUAUCACAUAUUGAGCCAGGUGGUCUUUCUUUCCGUAAUGUUCUCGACAUUCUUCACAACCUUCAAGCUGAAGUUGUUGCGGCAGAUGUGGUUGAAUUCAAUCCACAACGUGACACUGUUGAUGGAAUGACUGCAAUGGUUGCUGCUAAGCUGGUGAGGGAACUGACUGCAAAAAUCUCAAAAUGAUGUUACAGUUCCCUAUCAAGACAUUCUAAUGUUACUAAGUCCUUGGUGGUCAACCGUAAAGUUUGAGCAAAUGGCCUUCUAACAUAAAAAUUUGCUUGAGCGGAAGGCUGCAAUUACCAUGGAUACUAUUCCAAUUGCAAACCCAGUCCCUAUUCUUUGUAGUUCACUGGGAGUUUAAGGCUGUCAUUUUGUAUUUUAAUGAACAGAGGAAGAAUUUGCUUGUCA